AUGAAGCUUGACUCCAAUAAUAAAUUGAUUAAUAAUGACAAUACCACUGAUACUCCUGAGGAAGUAACUGAUCCGCGACAAAAUGCGGAAGAUAUUAUUGACGAUAUUCUCGCAGAAUUUACAGACUCGCGAACACCAGAGAUUGUUAGAAAUGGAAACAACAUUCCGGAGAAUCUUUUCAACAUUGUGCAGCCACCACAAACGAGAACUCCAGCAAAUUCUUUGUCUGAAAAUGCUAUUCUAGACGACAUAGAUCCAUCAUCAGAUUUAGGCACAUCCAUCAGAAACAAAUGCCUCGAGUUGGAAGAGAUCCUUCAAAGUCUUAAGUCACGGCUUAAUCAUGUUCUUCUAGACGAGAAUAUUGUGCUUAGUCCAGAAGCAAACUCAUUAGAAGCUCAACUAGAACAUGACUUGGACACAGAUUGUCAAGAGGACCUUUCACUUCAAGAAUUCCUUGAACUACUACAAUCACAAAACAAGAUAAACCCUAGCAGUGUACAA